UGUUUUUGCGUACUUUUACUUUUUAAAUGUGAUGUGAGUUCAAGAGAUCCAAGUGUCAAAUCAAACUUUAUUACUAUUUUUAUUAACUUUUAAAAUGAGAAUUUAUUUAAUGUUUAAUGGUAUUAGUUAUUAAUGAUGACUUCAACUAAUUCCGACAUCAAUGAGACUCCCGUCCUGAGAAGUUCAAACCCAAACCCCGCAAUUCCACAAAUUGGAUCCUCAAGGAACGUGCCCGUUUUACCACCGAAGCCCGUAACUGGAAAUUACUCUUUACCGAUUAGCAAUUAUGGUCAUAUGCCGUAUUCUGGUUAUGGGUAUGGAAGUGGUUACAGUUCGAUGGGCUACCAAAGCCCGAUGUAUAAUUCCUAUGGUUAUGGAAACUCCUAUGGCUAUGGAAAUCAUGGAAUGUAUGGUUUAGAUAAUUAUUCCAGUUAUGGACCAAGAGAUGAUUCAGAACGAAGGUUUAUCCAAUUCGCAGAAGAAAGUUCUAGGAAUACAUUCGCAAGUGUUGAAAGUGUGGUGCGCGCCGUGAGUAGUAUAUCAAUGAUGUUGGACAAUACACUGUUUGCAAUGACAAGCUCCUUCCGUGCCAUACUGAGUGUAGCAGACAAUUUUGGACGUUUACGAACCUUAUUUGGUCAUAUAUGGUAUUCACUAAACAUCUUCAGACUAUUCAGGUGGCUGUAUAGAAAGUUAAUGGUACUUAUGGGAUAUAAGGUGAUGGAUAACGCGGCAAAUAAGGCGUGGAAGGAGGCUUACGUCAAAGAUCCAAGCUCCAAUCCAGCCGGCGGUGGAUUUAACUGGCCCAUUGUCGCCUUUUUUGGUGUGAUUGUUUCUGCUCCAUAUUUGAUCAGCAAAUUCUUGUUACCAAAAUGUGAAGAUCGUUACAAUCCGGAAAAAUGGAAAACGCCUGGCGUAAAAGUGAAAGCGGCCUUUGAUUUUAGGGCCACAUCACAUAACGAACUUAGUUUAAGAGUCAACGACGAAUUACUAUUGGCGCCGACUUACAUUCAGGAGGAGAUGAAAUUGACGAACACAGGUUGGGCGUUUGCCGUUGGUAACGGAAAAGCCGGAUUGAUACCGCUAAAUUACAUAGUUUUAUCUAAACGAGUAAAUAAUGGGGGCGUAUUAAAGAAUAGCUAUAAUCACAAUAAUAAUAAUAAUAAUUUAAGUAAGUACAAUGAGGAGUUACCUAGUAUAGAAAGCAAAGUUCUUCCGAAAAAUAACAUUAAGAGGGUGAGUUUCGGUGAGAACCAAAUAAUUGAAAGUAAUGGCACAGAAAGAAUUGUUAAAAUACCUGACGCCGAUAACUCUGCAUCUAAUUGCAACGAAAGCGACGCCGUUGUGAACGGUAUUGAUAAGGCAAAUGUAAAUGGUACAGAUGGUGAACUCGAUGAUGUGUUUGCCAAUUUAAAUUAAAUGGCUGUAACUAUUAUCAGAUCUGUUCUGUUAUGUCAAAUGUAAUUAUGCCAAACAUAUAAGACUGUUUCAGCUUUUUUUUUGUACUUUGUGGUUGUCCUUUAGUAGCAGUACUUUCAAAAGCAAAUUUAAUGUAGCUUGUGGAUCCAGUAAUAAAAUUAAAACCGAAGUCGGCAGCAGAUUAUUAUCAACAAAGAGAAUCACAGUGUGACUGUUCAUUAGCAAUCUUAUGUUCAUAACCGAGCUCAAGUAAAAUCACGUGUUACAAUUACAAAGGUGAUUAAAAAGAAGUGUUCCUUCUGUAAGUAUAGUACUUUUUUACAUACUUGGUAUAGGGAUUGAUGAGUAGUGUUUCAAUAAAAAUUGUCAAACGGCUGAAAAAAAUACAAUUUAGUAAAUGAG